AUGAAGAUCGCUGUCGUUACCUCGUUCCUUUGCUUGAUGGCCUCAUCCGUCACGGCAUUUGCUCCUAGUGCUGCCUUCUCCCGUGGCAUCUCCACUCAAAUUUUCGCCGAGGACCCUGAGGAAGAAGAAGGACUUGACUUGAACUUGGAGGAAAUGUUUGACAUGUUCGAUGCUGCUGAUAAGGACGAAUCGUUCGAUGAUGCUAUCAAGAAGGUCAAGACUGAGGAAUAA